AUGGUUUACUUGUUAUGCUGGCUUGUCACGCUUGCGUUUUAUAGUGAGCUGGUGUUAUCUGGUCCUAAUUUGGUGUGGAUUGUUGCAGACGAUCUUGGUUACAACGAUGUGGGUUUCCACAACCCGGAUGUGAAGAGCCCUAACAUUGACCAUCUGGCUCAGACUGGAAUCAAGCUGAACCAAUCCUAUGUCCAGCCACUCUGCUCUCCGUCAAGAACGGCAUUUAUGACUGGAAUCUACCCCUUUCCGCACUUAGUAAUCCAGCCAGGUCAAGCUGUCUGUGUUCCCCUGAACAUAACGAUGUUCCCAGAAGUGCUCAAACAGAACGGCUACAAGACUCACGCUGUUGGCAAGUGGCAUCUUGGAUUUUGUAACUGGGCCUGCACUCCGACAUUCCGUGGGUUCGAUUCUUUCUACGGGUUUUACAACGGAGGAGAGGAUUUCUACACAAAACAAUAUCUGGGAUACUUUGACUUCCGGUUUAACACAAGUGUUCACAAGCAAGCUAAGGGAGGCUACUCAACGGUUCCUCAGAAAUACUUGGAUAUGUAUGCUCAUAUUGACGACGAAAACAGAAGAAAUUUCUCGGGAAUGGUCACCUCUAUGGACGAUGCCGUGGGUCGUGUGGUCACUGCGCUGAAAGAAAAGGGGAUUUAUAAUAACACUUUGAUUUUCUUCACGUCAGAUCCUUUCUACCU